ACGUUGUCCAUCAUUGACAGUAUUACGUGUAGACGGGAUACAACGCGAAAUUUUAAAGUCGUUCGUAUCUUGGUUAAAUAAUUUUUCAAAAGUGCUAUACAGAUUCCAGUUUUUUUUUGUAGUUUUUGGAAUAGUAGUGAAAGUGAGGGGGGCCCACAGUUUUAUAAAGUAUAAGUGCGAGUGUACGGAAAAUAGUGAUAAAAUGUUUAUGUAUUUAGCAAACAAAUGUCUGCAGUGGAUAUUGGACGUGAAAAGGUUUAACAUCCUGCUAAUGGUGCUUUUCACAAUUUUUGGAUGGUUGAUAUUGAGAUGGUGGCAAAUGAAGCGACGUUGUUGGAAAUACCUUGCUAAAAUCCCUGGACCAUUUUCUCUUCCAUUGAUAGGAAACCUAGUGCAGCUAAAAGUUGAUCAUGAUGAAUUAUUUAGUCUUAUUGUUGGCAUGCGGUUGAUGUGGGGAACUCAAGAAGGAAUCAACAAAGCUUGGCUCGGCAGGAAGCCUUAUGUAUUUCUGAGUAAGGCAUCAACAGUUGAGCAGAUUCUAGGCAGCAAUCGUCAUAUAGAUAAAAGCUGUGAUUACAAAUUUCUUCAACCUUGGCUUGGCACUGGACUACUUACUGGUUCCGGCCAUAAGUGGUAUUCCCGUCGGAAAAUCCUGACACCGACCUUUCACUUCAACAUCCUCGAGGAUUUCGUGCAGGUGUUCGGUGAGCAGACAGAGGUGCUCGUGAGAAAAAUGAGCUCGGAGCUGGGCAGGCCCUCGUUCAACAUCUUUCCCUACGUGACUCUCUGCACCCUCGACAUAAUCUGCGAGACGGCGAUGGGCCGGCGUAUCUCGGCGCAGAGCCACUCGGACAGCGAUUACGUGCGCGCUGUGUAUGAUAUAGGAAGCAUCAUUCAAACCAGACAAGCUAGUGUCUUUUAUCAGUCGAAUAUCUUUUUCCGACUUUCGCCACUUUACAAGAAACAUCAAGAAUGCAUUCGAAUUUUACACCAAUUUUCAAAUGAGGUGAUAAAAGAGAGACGCAAAGAAAUUUCGGAGAGCAUUAGAGAGAUCAAUGGCAACGAAGUGCCCAAGAAACGACUCGCCUUUUUGGAUCUGUUAAUAAAAGCUUCAGAAAAUGGAGCUAUACUUUCAAAUAGCGAUAUCAGAGAAGAAGUGGAUACGUUCAUGUUCGAGGGCCAUGAUACAACUUCAUCUGCCGUAUGUUGGACAUUAUACUUACUCGGAUGUCAUCCUGAAGUGCAGGAAGAAGUAGUCAAUGAGUUGGAGAUGAUUUUCUCUGAAGGAGAUUACGACAGAAGACCUAGUUUGAAAGAUUUAAAGCGAAUGAAAUAUUUAGACAAAUGUAUAAAAGAAGCUUUACGCUUGUAUCCUAGUGUGCCAAUCUUAGGAAGAGAAAUUUCUGAAGAUGUUGAAAUAGGUGGAUAUACUGUGCCGAAGGGGACAACCGCUUUAGUCGUUCUUCCUGUCUUGCAUAGAGAUCCAGAGAUUUUCUCUAACCCCGAAAAGUAUGAUCCAGAACGUUUUGCAGCAGAAAACAUGAUUGGACGUCAUCCUUAUUCAUACAUUCCUUUUAGCGCAGGUCCAAGAAAUUGCAUAGGCCAGAAAUUUGCGCUACUCGAAGAAAAAGCAAUAAUUUCAGGAAUAUUACGAAAAUUCGUAGUGGAGGCAACUGAACAACGCGAUGACAUCAGCGUGACAGCUGAACUUGUUUUGAGAACAAAAAGUGGACUUCACUUACGAAUACAACCACGAAUGAAUUAACAUGAUUUAUUUUAAAAAUACUUUUGUACUUUGUUUAAGAAUUAUAUAAUUUUAUACGAAAAAAAACUGAAGUUUUAAAAUAAAAAAGAGCAAUAAAAAACGAAUAGUAUUUAGAAUA